CCGCGUGAUGAACCCCUUGUCGCUAACGUCUGUCUCAUUCUUCAGCAGUGCAUCAAUGAUACACCUCUGGCCGAACACCUCACCAAUACCUCUAUCAUCCUCGACCUGCUCAAAGUCAUCACAGAGGCUGAGCGGGUGGAGACCAAGCGGAACGCAGCCAUCGUUGUGGGCAAGUUGGCCUCCUCUAGCCACGUCCACCGCGAUGAGUUAAACCGACUGAACGGCAUGCGCGUCCUCACCCCCUUCGCGCAAUGGACAAAUGCUCUUUGUGGAGAUUUUAUGGGCUCCCGUAUAGCUGGUGGGCUCUAG